AUGGCACCAAGGUCACCUCUGGAGGAAUGCGAUGCCCAAGUACAAGCCCAGGACUCCAACGCUAGUCGCCGAGCUCAAUGGGCAGCCAUCAGCAAACACCAAGCCGAGCUCAGUGAUAUUUGGGGAAAAUUGGAGCACCAUCCCUCCUACGACGGUGUCUUCACCCUCGGCAAAGAUGGCAUUCUGCGCUCGCUGGGCCCAGACCGCGAUGUUCACGAUGCAAUACCGUUAUCGCCUCAAUUGAUCAAGGCGCUCCUUGACCGUCUUCCUUUCCGUCCCGAAAAUGAGAUUGACUUUCGUGGUGUCGAUGGCAAGAACACGCCGAAAGAGCAGUGGUAUCAUCCCGACAAGGGUUUGUUACCUCCGCCUCUCGUUCAGACGGAAGAACAGAGGAAGUUGAUUGAGUCGAAGAGGGAUGAGACAAGGAGAAUCCCUAAUCCUGGAGGAAGCGAAGAAGAGGCCGCGGUGCCCGCCCCAGAUUAUGUCGGACCACGAUCUUGGGUUGAAAGAGACAUCGUCUGA